GGAACGCAGCACAAGUGUCCCUGGUAGCAAUGACACUUCUCGCGAGAACUGAGGUUUACGUCGCGUGGAUUUAAACUACAAAGUUUCAUGUGGAUUUAUAGUUGUCGUUUGUGUGCACGGGUAGAUUGAAACAAAUCCGAGAUUUAAUCCGCCCGUUAAAGUUAGCGACGAGUGUCGUUGCGAGAAUCCCCAAAUUUAAACACGUUUACAUUGUUUUGCGUCGUGUGCACUGAGGAAGAAAAGAGACUUCCGCAUCCGUUGAUUUGGAGUUCGCGGGUCAGCACGAGAGCGCUAUUAGCGUUACCUUUUGUUUUUAUGGGUAUUCAUCAAGUGACGACAUUGUUGACACACUUUCGUGGCUGUUUGGCAAUUUCUUUAGCAGACGUAUCUAGUUCAGUGUGCGUGCAGCAUGUCCCUGCUGUCCGUGGCCGAGCAGGCUAUCGAGUCCUGCAAAGCUGAACAAACCAAGAUUCAUGACAGUAUUCAACUGUACAGAGACAUACUACAGAGUUUAACACAACAACCCGAGCCGGGCGUGGAGGAGUCCGACUGUGUAGAUGAUGCUGCUGCUGCUGAUGCAGACGCAGAUACCUCACCAGGGGAGAAGGAAGACAUAGAAUUGCUUGAGCAAGCGCUGGAGAAAGCCCUCCGGAUCCGCACAGGUUUUGGAACUUCUAAAACGGACCCAGACAGACACAAGCAAUCUAGACCUGUAAAGGAACUGGGAGCCUCAGUUGUUACAUCACAGUCAUCUGCACCGUCAACAGGAAGUCAAUCCACCUCUAAAUCUGCCAGCAUUACCAGAAAAGAUCACAAAAAACCUGGAUUAUCAGUAUCCUCCACGCGAGGCUCCAGGCGCUCAGCUAGCAACAAUCCCAGACAGUCCAAAACAACACACAAAAGAAGCACAAUCCAGAACAACCCUGUCUCAUCUGCUGAGGUCGUGCAUCACCAGGCAGCUAGGAAAUUGCAGGGGGCUGGUUCAGCGUUUGGCACUCUUGAUCACAUCUCAACCUUGCACUCCAAAAACAAGACUAUUAAAAGAAGCGUGCUGAGUGUUGAUGACCCGGGCAAAUCCACACCUUCUCCAAAUAACACGGUGCCGUUUUCACAUACAGAUGAGUCCGGAGCACACGGCUUGCUUCAACGGAGUGGCAGAAUACCCAAUGAGCAGAUAACAAAAUGGAAAUCUUUAAGGAACAAGCAAAACAGGUUGACCAGAAUCUAUCUGUUGAUUUUGUCAGAAUACUACACUUACUCCACAGUUUUGUUUAGUUUUGCACUGAGUUUCCUUCUGUACAUUAACUUUAGGUUGUGGGACAAAGUUUUUGCCCUACAAAGAAACCCUGUGCCUGAGAGCAGUUACUUCAUGGAGAGAAUGACAACUACGUUCCCCAAGGAUUGGCCGUGUGGCAGCCUAGAUCAGACCACGGCUCCGGAUGACAAGCUGAUUCACCUUGGUCAUGAGCUCACCCAUCCCUGCCAGACAAAAGAGCCUCUUGCCAAAGUGACCCCAGAAGCAGCUACAGAGCUCGGUACUAGGAAAAACAAGUAUGACUCAUGCCUGACUGCAGACCCAGUAACACAAGAGUUGGAAACGUGGGAUCGAUGGAGGCCAGGGGGAGGUCCUCUCUGCCCCACUGGGGCAAAUAGUCUGUGGGAAGAUGGCAUGAUCACACCUCUGCCCCUGACUAUAACCUACACAACUGAGGCAGAGCUCCAAGAGCUGGAGAAGCUGAGGAUGCGGGUGGCCCUGCUGCAGCAAGAGAUCAACCUGGAGCAGGCUCUGUUGGAAAACCUGUCCCCUCAGCUCUCCUCUAUAGCACCUGGGCCUGGAUGUCCGAACCCCAGUGUGCUGAGAGACAUGUACUCCCUGCUGGGUGAAGGAGGGGAGCGAUUCCCUGCCACAGUCCUGGACUCUGAGUCUGAUUGACCAGAGAACAUACAGUAUUGCACCGAGUGAUCAGUUUAUGAGGUACUUUGCCCUAUUUACACAAAGAAGAUAAAUUAGAUAUUAUUCUCAACCUCCAGUUGGAUCAUUCUGCUCUGACACCAGUCAGUAAAACUAGAAAAAUGUAUUGGUCACAAUAGUGCAGGACCAUUAUAUUUGAUUGUCUGUCAACUGGAUUACUCAAAAAUGACUUAUUUCCAUAAAAAAUUGUGGAGUCGUGACUCGCAGGGUAUGACCCAAGGAAGAACCCAUUCAAUUUCUUUAACGUGGCGAGAUAGGUCGUUCGCCUUGGCAGAGGAAUGCGCUCGCCGAGUGCCCUUCUAGUUCAGGAGUAUAUUUGUCUGUGAAUCAAGAAUCUAGGUCGUUAUUGUUAAGAAUCCCUUUUUAGUCCGCAGUGAUUUUAGUUAUUCAGUGUCGAUUGCCGUGUAAUAAAUUGACUGAAUGAAAAAUA